UUCGCUUCACUCGCGCAUUGCGCCCCUCCCGAAGCCUCUCACGUAGUGGGCUCUCUGCCAAGGAUACAUUCUCCACCUUCCAACGACUACAAGUUCGCGCACCCAGCCAGCAGGCUCCUACAGCAAAAAUGGCGAUUUUCAAGAGGAACUCGGGUUCCUCUGAUGGUGCAAAUGCGGAAAUAGGCAAGACUGAGUAUACGGCCGAGGUGGAGCAGCCGAUGCAGCUUGCCUCUGAUGGAGCCGUCGACUACCGUGACCACCAGCAUCUUCACCGUGGAUUGAAGUCUCGUCACAUUACUAUGAUUGCCAUCGGCGGUGCGAUUGGAACUGGUCUCAUCAUUGGUACCGGAAAGGCGCUGCAACAAUCUGGACCUGCUUCGAUCCUCAUCUCGUACACCGCCGUCGGUCUUCUGGUCUACAUCGUCAUGUGCGGUCUUGGCGAGAUGGCGGCAUGGCUUCCUCACGCUUCUGGCUUCAGUGGAUACGCUUCAAGAUUCGUAGACCCUGCUCUUGGCUUUGCCCUUGGAUGGACAUACUGGUGCAAAUACGUUAUAACCACACCGAACCAGCUUACAGCUUCGGCCUUGAUCAUCCAGGAAUGGAAGCCAGCGACCGAAGUCAAUCCCGGAGUAUGGAUAGCGAUCUUCAUGGUCACAAUCAUAGCUAUCAACUACUUCGGUAUCAGAUUUUUCGGAGAGUUGGAGUUUUGGUUGAGUUCGAUCAAAGUCGUCGUCAUUGUCGGCCUGAUCCUACUCUCCUUCCUCCUUGCCGUUGGCGCGGGUCCCGGUCCAGCGACUGGAUUCAAGUACUACAAGGAUCCAGGCGCCUUUGCGGAAUACAUUGACAAGGGAGAUGCCGGAAGGUUUUAUGGCUUCUGGAGCUCGUUCGUCAAUGCUGUAUUUGCCUACUUAGGAACGGAACUUAUCGGUGUCACUGUCGGAGAGGCCCAGAACCCACGCAAGACCAUCCCUCGCGCCAUCAAGCUGACCUUCUACCGAAUCCUGUUCUUCUACUGCCUUAGCGUCUUCUUUCUUGGCAUGCUCGUACCCUACGACUCGGAUGACCUAAAGACGGCCGUUAACACGAAAGCUAGCGCUUCCGCAUCCCCUUUCGUUGUCGCGAUCAGGCUCGCUGGCAUCCCGCACCUCCCCGGCAUCCUUAAUGGAUGUAUCCUGCUGUUCACCUUCAGCGCCUCGAACUCGGACCUGUACAUUGCCUCUCGUACCCUCUUCGGUCUAGCCGAGCGCGGCCACGCCCCUAAAAUCUUCCGAUGGACCGACACGCGGGGUGUUCCCGUUCCCGCUUUGGGUAUCUCGGCACUGUUCUGCUGCAGCGCGUUCAUGAAUGCAGCGAGUGACUCAUCCACCGUCUUCAGCUAUUUCGUUAAUCUGGUCACCAUCUUCGGUCUCUGCUCUUGGAUCUCUCUGCUGGUCACCCACAUCUACUUUGUCCGGGCCCGCAAGGCGCAAGGUAUCACUGAUGACCAGAUGCCGUAUGUCGCGCCACUCGGAAUUUGGGGUUCGUACAUUGGGCUGUCCUUCUGCGUUCUGAUUGCUCUUACGAAGAACUUCAACGUGUUCACUAAGGGCAAAUACGGCAAUUUCGACUACAAGAACUUCGUCACGGGCUACCUUGGCAUUCCAGUCUAUUUGAUCUGUAUUUUCGGAUACAAAUUCAUCAUGAAGAGCAAGCAAGUACUGCCACACGAGGCUGACUUCUACACCGGCAAGGACGAAAUCGAUCGCGAAGAAGAGGCCUUCCUGGCCCAUCAAGCGGCGACCAAGGGCAACAAGAAAGGUGGAUGGUUCUACCGGACUUUUGUUUCCUGGCUGUUCUAAGUCCUUUUGGCCUGUUUUAAUUUGGCGUUCAAGCGUGCCCUGCGCUUCAGAUAACGGCACUAUGCCUUACCAAACCCCGUAUCUACAGCUUGGGGAGGUAGCGAUCAUGAUCCAGGAAGGAAGAUGACACGACAUAUAUGAAAUUUGGAGA